CUGCGAUUAGAUAGGAUGUGCAUUAAGAACCUUGGUCAGCACAGUCCCGAUUCGGGCUGUCGAUGAGGUUUUGCGAUGUCUUCACGAUGUGGAAGUGCACAACACCUUAUCAGCCCCACGCGGGGUAUUCCCACCGCAUAUCAGGUUACAAAUCGGUCUCUCUAACACUGUUUCGACACCUGCAUUCUCUCGGUCAAAGCGCAUAAUACGGUCUUCUGUUCCUCUGGGUAACGCUCCUGCGGUUUGAUAGAAUCCAAAAAUGGCACCCCUCAAGAUCACACCACCAAUUCUAAACUCGGCGAACCCAUGGUGCACCACGCUGGAGCAGCUUCUAGAGUUAUACGAAAGUGCCUACUCUGGAGCCAUCACGACUCGAACAUCCCUGCUUAAUGGCUUUCCACACAACCGGGAGAUCCACCAAUUUACCUUUUACGAUCCUACAAGUCACGAUACGUCGCCUCCAAAUAUCGAUCAAGCAGGCAAGCCUGGCGACACAGGCAGCCUGAAUACGUUGGGCUACAGCCCGAUUCCUCUAGAAGACUAUCUUGACUUUAUCAAGACAAUAAGCCGAAGUCUUCCAUCGCGACCAGAAGGAGAAAGAGAGCACUUCAAACCCGUGGUAAUCUCGGUGACAGGCUCAGCGGAAGAAGUGGUGAGCUGCUACAAACUCAUCUCAUCAUGCCAACGAGAUGUGCGGAUGGUACUUGCAAUGGAAAUCAACCUGUCAUGUCCGAACAUCCCCGACAAACCUCCGCCAGCUUACAACUCCGCCUCUUUGUUGACGUAUCUCGCUGCACUGAAGACCGAGAUUGAACGCCAGAUAUCCGUGGAUGGCACAUCUGCGCAUCCACAUACGGGCCAUAUACAUGUACCAAUUGGCAUCAAGACACCUCCAUACACAUACCAGGACCAAUACAAUGGCCUCAUCAAAGCUUUGAAGGAUUCGGCGUACGCAGAACCUGAGCACCUACCUUGCCCAAUUACCUUCAUCACCUCAUGUAACACACUCGGAUCCUCGCUCCUCUUGGCACCUCAAGUUGAGAGCUCAUCGGAUGGACAGUCACACGAAGUGUACCACCGUGUCCUAGAGUCGGCAACAGGGACGGGUAUCGGAGGGCUUGCUGGCGCGCCGCUACAUCCGCUUGCACUAGGAAAUGUGUAUACCAUCAAAGGGCUCCUCUUUCAACACAAGGAGCUCGAGCAAAUCCAAAUCAUUGGUGUGGGUGGUGUCGAGGAUGCUGCUGGAUAUGGAAGGAUGCUAGCUGUUGGUGCGGCGGCAGUAGGCGUAGGCACUGCCCUUGGACGAAAAGGCGUGAAGAUCUUCCAGGAAAUUGGUCAAGAGCUGGCUGCAAGCGCUACUUGAUAUCGAAGCUGUACAUUUGCAACUACACAGUCAAGUGUUUAGAAACCCGCGAGAUGCAUUGAAGCUGCAACCCCGGCGGUGCGGGAGCAACGGCCAGACCGCCUUGAAACGACCGAGAUGUCAUGACGCAUUGAUGAAGUUUCACGCGCUCAACAAGAAGUCCUUUGAAACUGAGCGCGAACUGAAGUUCUGCAGGUCAAGUCAGUAGCUAAGUGGAAUCUGAAGCGCAGGGAGAAUUAACGUGGUCUAAGAGAAGACAGCAAUGUACUCCCCGCAGGCAUCAGGAGAGCCCAUCGGUAAGAAAUGCUAGUAUUGUCGUGCACGAAAGGGUCUGCUUCAUUGGACGAAUCACAACUGCCGUGUCAGAAAGUCGCGGAUUGCCCCGCGACUUUCAGG